AUGUCAGUCCUGUUUGUACUUAUCUAUAUACUAAAAGGAAACGCCCUCCGCCGGUGCUUGUCAAAAAAGCUCAAUGCAGAGGAUGUCGCGUUUCUCGAGCUAUUUUCUCGCAUUCUCAUUGGCCGCGACAAUUGCCCAGAUGAAAUAUCUAGUGCACUAGAAAAGGAUAUUCAACUUGAAUGGGAAGAUGUCGACGUUUUUGUCAAUCCUUUCGACGACACACGAGGUCGAGCUUUUAAUAGUGUUUGGACGUUCGACCUCGAUAAGGAUGUUCUCUUUCUCACCAAGGAUGAUCGACUCUGCUCUGCACCUCUCAGCCUAACGCGCGAUCGGCUACUUAUUUUGGAUGACUUUGAGCGUGUAAAGUCUCCGAAUGCGUCCAUCUCAGAGGGCCUGCCUGUGCCGGGGCGAUACUGGGAUCUUCAGCCUAAAUGUAAUCCUCGAAAAAAGGCAUUUCUCGGCCGUAUCCUCCGCGACUUUGGCCAUACAUGGCGUCAUAUACUACGGAGAGAAGCCAACAACGUCAUUUUCAUGAAGCUCGCAUAUGCGGUUAUCUGGAUUCUAAAUCUGGACUUCACUAUAGUGGAACGUGCGGGAUUCGAUCACGUUGCUGGCCGCGGCGGACCAUAUGUCGGAGUGGUAGACUUGCCACGAUGGGAUGCCCCAGAUGAAACUAUUGUACGAGUUGGCACAUGCUGGUUUGUCUUGGCACAAGAUAUCCCCAAGGGAAUCCAGAUGAUUCGAGAACAUAUGGAAACCCCGGCGGCGAUGAUUGAUACAACGACUACUUUUGCGACGUACGCAAUACUGACCCUUAAACAAAUCGUCUGCUGCAAGGUCCACGAUGGCGAGCUGGCUCUUACACAAAGAGAGCCACUAUUCAGCGACUUUGCUCCCUCUGAUUCCGCUAUCAACCUAAUUCUCUGGGCAUCGGACCUUCACCAAGCAGAACCCAAGGCUUGUCGGCUCAACUACCUUCCUGUUGAGAUCCAGUACAGAAUCCUUCGUCAGGCGACAGCAAGCAGUGUCAUAGCAGCGAAAUGGGGCAUUGAGCUUGCUUUAGGACCGCCAUUCUCCUGGACUGAGGGAUCCCGGAAGAUCAGGUUGGAAGAGGUACUCAGACAUCGAACAAAGGCAUCGCCCGUCGAAUCUCAAAUCUUUCUCAAUGGGGUGAUGAGUGGCUUGUCAUAUAAGUGCGAGGCAUCACGUGUAGGUUUCAAGGUCGACAUGAGCUCGCUUCCUGCGCCGACGCGUCUCGAGGCUGCUGUGCCGCCGUCGUAG